AUGAAACGAGUUCGUUCAACUGAGGAAACAAUUGAACUAAAACGAAAAAUUGUAGCAUUAAAAGUGUCAGAUCUUCAGAACAUUUUAGGUGAAUAUAAUAUAACAAAAACAGGCAGAAAGAGUGAAUUACAGGAUCGCGUUUUAAGCCUAAUAAAAAAUGGCAGUUUAAUUGAUGUUCAAAGACGAAAAUUAAUUGGAAAAAUUAAUGAAUUAACGAGUAAUUUCAAACAAUUGCCUAUCAAUAUGUGCUCAAAAGUCGAAAAUAAGCGAUUAAAGACUAUGCCAGCAGAAGAAUCGACAAGUAGUUUGCAAACACAACCAAAUAUAAAAUUAAAGAAAAUUCCUUUUUUUGAUGAACUUGGUGUUUUGCUGGAACCAUCUGUUUUGACAGCAUCGAAUAAUAGUGCUAGUGAGCAGAUUAAAUGCUUCAUUUUUAAUCUAAAUGAUCGACAAGCUAUUGAAAUUGAGAAAAAUAGAGUCAUUGACGCAAGCAAUAUUGAUUAUACUGUUCAAGUGCUUUUCCGGAUAUGUUUAGUGGAUCCUUCAAUACAAAAUGAUUUGUUUCCAUUAAACUUCCAGCUACGAGUUAACAAUCGAAUAUGUCCAUUGCCUCCCUUUUUACCAUCUAGGCCAAAUACAACUCCAAAAAGGUCUUCAAAGCCAUUAAAUAUAACACCUUUUGUCAAAAUAUCACCAGUAUCGUCUAACAUAAUCGAAGUACGAUGGCACAAAGAACCACAGAAAAACUUUGCCGUAACAUGCUACCUUGUUCGCAAAUUAACAUCCGAAAAUUUACUUCAACGUCUGAAACUUCAGGCUGAAAAUUUGACACGGGGAAUGAUUGAAGAAAAGUUGAGCAAAGAAGUUGAUUCGGAAAUUGCCACAACUAUGCUUCGCGUCUCUUUAUUCUGUCCUUUAGGAAAAAAUCGAAUGAAAAUACCUUGUCGCGCUUCAACAUGUAAGCAUUUGCAAUGCUUUGAUGCUUUAUUGUAUCUCCAAAUGAAUGAAUGUAAACAAAGCUGGAUCUGUCCUGUUUGCGACAAAGAAGCAUUAUUUGAAAACUUAUCAAUCGAUGGCUAUUUUUUGAAUGUCAUCAAGAGUCUCAGUAUUAAUGACAAUGAAAUUCAGCUUCAUAAAGACGGAUCAUGGUCAAAACUUGAGGAAAAUGUGGAACAUGUUCAAAGUGAUGAAGGCUUUGUCAUUAGUGACGAAGAGGAUGCAAAUAAUAAUAAUAAUAAUAUAAAGACCGAUUUAAUUCUCAAAGAUGAACCAAAACCAGUCAAGAUGAAGAAGACAAUGCACAUUUCAAAGAAGAUUAAGGUUUUGCAUUCAGUUGAUGUGCCAGAAACAAUUGAUUUAACACUUGAUGAUUAA